AUGAUUCUUCCAAUUAAAACUAUAAAGUUUUUUGUCUAUUAUUUUUUAAUUCAAUUCUAUUUAUUUAAAAAUUAUAUAUGUUCUAGCAUAAAUAAGGGCGUGCCACCAUUAGAUGAAAAAGUCAAUUUACCUAAUGGUCCACUAGAUUUACCUUUAGAUAAAAAAUUGAAUAUUGGAUUAAGAAAAUACAAAUAUAAUUUAGAAAAUGAGGAAAUUAAUAAUUAUUUGCAAAAUGAAAUGAAUGAAGAUGCAAUGAAACUAAAAGAUGCGAUAAAUAAAAAUAAUUUACCUGGAGAAGAAUAUGAUAAUUAUUCUAUAGAGGAGCAAUUAAAUUAUGAUUUCCCCCCUUGGCUAGUAGAUAUGAUAAAAUUAUCAAAUAACAGUAAAAAUACUUUAGAAUCAUUAGGUGUAGAGAAUUUACCAGACGUGAAUUUAUGUAAACAAAUUAAGCAUUUGAAGGAGCAGAUACUAUGUAUAAUUGAAGCAAAUGACAUAACGUCUUUAACAGCAAGAACAUUAGCCGGAGGGAGAUUAGCCAUCAGAGCUUUGUCAAGACUUAAAUCAUUGGCAUCUGCAGUUGAAAAUAGGCAACUAAUGAAAACAUUAGGAACACCAAUGGCAACAUUAAUAUUGUUACAAAGAGAAACAACAUCAGAUAGAAAUAGAUGGUUAUCUGGAUCAAUUUUAACUUUAUUAACUGAUCUUCCUGUAGUAUCUGAUUUAGCUGAUGUAAAAACAGGAUCUUAUGGUCAUGUAAAUGUUAUAAUGCCAAGGCAAUCUAGAAUUAGAAAUGCUGACAGAAAUAUUUUAAGAUUAAGAGAAGGGGCAUCUCCUUCUAGUCUAAUAAAUGGAUAUACAACAAUUCAAGAAGAAUAUACAAUAUAA